GGAAAGAGUAAACAGGUAGAGCACACUGCAGUGAUCACUCAGAGAGGACGCAGAGGCUGCCGCAGUGUGUCGGCUCCUCUCCUCUGAGAAGCACAACAUUGGACUCAUUUACAGAUGAAUUUCAUACUUUCUCACACGUGACGUUUUUUUCUCCUGUUUGUUUUCUCCUGAAAAUGGUGGCUCUCUCUUCCACCUCAGCUGUUACUGCGAUGGAGCACCUGGUGACAGAGCUGAACGUCCUGCUGAAGCUGCUGGACCAUGAAACACUGAGCUCUGCCACGGAGGAGAAGAAGAGUGCAGUCAGGAGCCUGCUGAAACAGCUGCAGCCCUCCGUGAACGGAACAGACUACAUGUACAUGAACACUUCUGUGUACAGAAACGGCACAAGUUUUGUGGAGUCCCUGUUUGAGGAGUUUGACUGUGACUUGCGCUCCUACAAAGACUCUGUGGAGGAGCAGAAAGCCUCAGGGGAAGAGGAGGUGCCCCAAACGCCCCCUCCUAAAUCGAGUCCAGCUGACACCCCACCCCCCCUUCCAACCACGCCCCCUCCUGAGGAUUACUACGAGGAGGCUGUACCCCUCGGCCCUGGGAAGAUGCCCCAAUACAUCACCACCCGCAGCAACUCCAGUCCCCCCAACUCCAUCGAAGACGGGUACUAUGAAGAUGCUGAGAACACCUACCCCACCACGCGGAUCAACGGGCAGCGCAAGAACUCCUACAACGACUCGGACGCUCUGAGCAGCUCGUACGAGUCGUACGAUGAGGAAGAGGACGAGGGGAAGGCCCCGCGCCUGACGCACCAGUGGCCGUCGGAGGAGAACUCCAUGGGCCUGGCCAAGGACUGCCGGAUCUGCGCCUUCCUCCUGAGGAAGAAGAGGUUCGGCCAGUGGGCCAAGCAGCUGACCGUCAUCCGCCAGAACCGGCUGCAGUGCUACAAGAGCUCCAAGGACCGCAGGCCCUCCACGGACGUGCAGCUCAGCCUGUGCAGCGUCGCCUACGCGCCCAAAGAUGGCCGUCGCAAGAAACACGAGCUGCGGUUCUCUCUACCCGGCGGCGAGACGCUGGUGCUGGCCGUGCAGAGCAAAGAGCAGGCGGAGGGGUGGCUGCGGGUUAUCAGGGAAGCCAGCGGACAGAUCCAUGGCAGCAAUGGACUGGACACGCCCACCUCGCCUGUCAUCCAACAAAAGACUGACCCGGACAAGAGGCCGUUGGCUGAUAAACAGGCCUCUGACUCUGACAGUGUGGCAGCAGCCGACACCGUCCUCACAGCGCCCACACCCCAGGACCGCUCCCAAACUACUGUAGCUGCUUUCGCUUAUCCAGUACUGUGCCUCAUGCCAGAGCUGUGUGUGUGUGUGUGUGUGUGUGUGUGUGUGUGUCUGUGUGUCUGUGUGUGUGUGUGUGUCUCUGUAGGGAAGGUGAAGCGGGGCGCUCUCUCUGAGCUGACGGAAUCAGUGAGUCGGGCGGCGGGGCGUAAGAUCACCCGGAUUAUCAGCUUCUCCAAAAAGAAGCCCCCGCUCCCAGGAGACCCCCGCGCGGAAGAGGACCCCCGCAGCGGGUACCUGGGCGUGCUGGUGAACCAGAGCUGGAGGGAGCGCUGGUGCUGCGUUCGGAGGGGGUCUCUGUUCCUCCACCGGGACAGGGGCGACCUGCGCACCCACCUCAGCGCCGUGGCCCUGCAGGGCUGCAAGGUCGUCCCGGGACUGGGCCCCAAACACCCCUUCGCCUUCCGCAUCAUGCGGGGGGGCAACGUGGUGACGGUGCUGGAGGCCAGCUGUUCUGAGGAGAUGGGGCGCUGGCUGGGUGUUCUGCUGGCUGAGACAGGCUGUGCUGCUGAUCCCGAGUCUCUGCACUAUGACUACGUGGACGUGGACACCAUCGCCAACAUCCGCGACGCCGCCCGCCACUCCUUCCUGUGGGCCACCUCCAGCGCUGAGGGCAGGACGUAUGAUGAGGUCCCGUAUGAGAGUGUGCAGGCAGAGGAGCAGGGGGCGGAGCCUAACGCCCCAGUGAGAAGACGCUCCUCCUUCUCCAGCAGAGAUACAGAGAAGCUGCAGCCCCAGGGCAGCGUGAAGAGGCACGGGUCCAACGCCAAUCUUUACGGGAAGUACGGGAAGACGCGGGCGGAGGAGGACGCACGGCGGUACCUGCAGGAGAAGGAGGAGCUGGAGAGGGAGCGGGACGGCGUCCGAAAUGCCCUGCUCCUCCUGCGCAAGGAGAGGAGGGAGGCCAAGGAGGAGCUGAAGAGCUCUGCCGUGGGUAAGCACACAGCCCUGGAGGAGCGUGUGUCGCGGUUGGAGGAGAGCUGUAAGGAGAAGGAGGCGCAGAGGGUGGAGCUGGAGCUGAAGCUCAGCGUGGUGAAGGAGAACCUGAGGAAGUCUCUAGCAGGAGGAGCGCUCGGUGCUCCAGACGAGAGCCGUCCUGCCAGCAAGGUAAAAGGCGGGAAGGGCGAUGGUCACUAUGGCGAUACUCUGCUGCCAGUCAACUGUGCGUCAGAACUGCGCAAGCGGCCACUCUCCAUCUACGCGUCCACCAAAGGAAACGUCCUGCAGAAGACCAAGGAAUGGGAGUCAAAGAAAGGAACCUAAAGGAAAUGAGGACCAAUGAGAAGGCUUGAACCAGAGGAGAACGUUUCUGUGUCAUGUGACUAAGUGGAAGAGAGAGAGAGGAUGCCCUUUGACCCUCACCCCCUCCUCUCUUUAGAAUGGUUUGGGUAGCUCCCUCCUGAUGGUUGUCAUCGUCGCAUAACAAACUGAGUUCCUGGAUGUAUUUCAUUCCCAGGGGGCAUCUUUCAACUCGCAUGCCUCUGCUUUACCACAGAGCAAGAGGACAAGUGCUUUGACCUCACCUCAAAGCUGAGUGGGGUGUGUCUGUGAUCGAUGUGAAUGACAGGAUGACACCUGUUCAGAUCUGGGGACUGAGCUGUCUGCAGACGGAGGGGAAGUGCUUUUGAGCGAUUUGAAGGGAAACAUUGUUUGUGGUUUUGGAGAAUGAAUGCGCUGGGAUUUUCUGUUGCAGGCUGGUUCUGAACGGUCACCAAAUGGAAAGAAAAAAAUCGGUUUCACUGUGAGAUCUAUGAGACGAAAACACAAAUGAUCCAUGUUUAAGAGUAGUUUCAAGUCCUUAUUUUUUAAUGUACUGCUGUUGAGAGUGGAGGAGACAUUGAGUGUUUUGUACACGUCAUUUUUAUUCAGUCACAUUUUUUACACUGUGCAAUGUUGUCUCUUUGCUCUGAGAUAAGGGCGUCACAAACUUUAAACUCUUUCGCUGUAACUGGUGCUAAUGAACUCUCACUGAUGCAAACCUCUAAGGUUUAAACUCAUUGCAGAUCCUUCUGGUGCUGGACAUUUUUUAUAGUACCAGAGAUCAGUACCAUUGCUUAUGAAUCUGGACCGUAUAACCACUUAUAAAUGUAAUUAUUCCAAAAUAUCUAACAAAAACAAUGAGGUAUAAUGUUUCCGCAUAUUAUACAUCGUUGUUGCAUCUUUGAGCCUCUCACUAACCUUUGAACUUUGCACUUUACAGAUUUUUUUUUAAUUUAAUUUUUUUUUUUUUUACUUGGAGAUGGUUAAGGGAUAAAUACAAAUUAAAUCACGACUUUCUGUACUGA